AUGGCACCAUCUACCAGAGCCAGUUCCAGAGCGUCAAGCAUUUCAGACACCGCAAGCACGACCCAACCAACAGGACAGCUUGCCGUACAACCAAUUGAAUCCGGGCAAUCCAGCACCUCCAGCCAGCACGACGGCUCAAUCACAAAGUACCGUGCCCAAGACAGGAUUGAUCUUCGAAAGACAAAGUCAAGAAGUUCAGGAACUACUGUCCCUCCACCAACAGAACAACCGUCAGUGGAUCCAAGCACGGGAAGACAAAGACUUGACAGUCUUCAAAGCUCGAACUCAGGAUGCCAAAGAGUUUCAUCGCAAACUUAUCAAGAAGAUAGGAUACAAACCCCUCAUGGAGUGGACCCACGGAUGGAACCCAACAGAGUGGGAUUGGACCACGUUCGAAAAGAAAGUACGACCAGCAAAGAAAACUCCAUACGAUCGUCCGAAGUCAUCACGCCGUCCAGCAAGGAUGACGAGAGCAGAGGAGAUCUCAUCCAUCAUCGACUCAGCGGGGAGAGCUUUGAGGAAUUAGACCGUACCAUUUUGCCACUUGAUAGGGAGAUGCUGAAUCCUUUCCUACAUCAUAUACAGACACUCUUUGAUCCCAUUGUAUAUAACUCGAAGAAACUCACUAUUGAAAUCAUAUCAAUCAAGUCACUCUUUAAAAAGCAUGACCAAACUACCAGACUUGACCAUAUUGACCAAACACUUACUGAUCUCAUUGAUAAUGUGAAUAAUCAAGUGAAAUCGUUGAAUUCGGUAAGUGCCGCAACACAAGCACUAAGAGAAGAACAGAUUGAGUUUAAAAAACAAGCUAUUCAGAAUUGUGAGAAAACCGAAUAUGACAAUAUUAAAGCCUUGAUAUGUGAAGGAAACGAAAGUAUUAAGAGUGAGAUUUCCAGAGCACUUAACCAGUGUGUAAGAACAGUAGGGAACAACAUCCCUGACGAAGAGGAUGAAGUUAUGCAAGAACUAAAAACCUGCUAUUUUUGUGAAAUCUUCGAGGAAGUAGUAGAUCGCACGACUAAAGGAAAACAAAGAUUCGUUAGAAAAGACACAGAGUGGAAGACCCAAGCCACUACAGGUACUACAAUUAAUCCUAAAUCCGGAACAUCCCGACUAACCACAGUUAGGAUCCCUGGAAAGUGUGACACGUGCGGCAGCGAGGAGAAAGGUCAUGAUUUCAGAGCAUGCCGCAGGAAAUCAAAAACAGUAAACAUGAUAGAUCAAGACGACCAUCCAGAGGAAGAAACUCCAACCCCAAUUUUAGAACUAAUAAAUGAGGAUGUCUCAUCGUCUAGUAGCGACGACGAAACAGAAGACUACAACGAUUUGGAAAACUUGGGAAACAGAUCUCAAACCGAAGAAAGAUAG